AUGCUUAAUGUAGCUAUCGACAAAUACCAUUGCUAUAUAGGAUGUCUACACCAUACCAUAGGUGAUGAACAGCUACUAACACUAGCUAAAUGUUUCAGCAACCAUGUCAGAUCCUGCAAGGUCAUGAGGAAACCAUCUACAGAAGCACAUCUCGGAUAUGGGUUCGUGCAGUAUACAGAUGCAGCAUACGCCGAUGAAGCAAUCGCCAAAAUGCAGGGGAUAGUCGUCAAGGGGAUACCACUCUAUAUAAGGGCGGCAUACCCGUUCACAAGUACCACCUUAAACGAAAAAAACGAAGAACAAGCUAAUGAUGUCAAAAAUGCAACCGUAUAUGUUAGCGAACUCAUGCCAACAGCAACAGAUAACGAUCUCAGAGGAUACGCAGCACCAUUCGGAGAUGUGGAAUAUGUCUCAGUUAUACCAAAUAGAAGAUUCGGAUUCGUCACUUUCAGUAAACGAGAAUAUGCACUAGGGUUCAUAUGCCAUAUGGACGGAUGGAAAGUAGAAGACACAUUACUGACAUGCUCAUGGGCAUAUCAGAGCAGGACUGCUACACUGCCAGGACAGUUUGAAUCGUCGGAAAACGAGAAACAAGAUGCCAUAUUUGGACAAAAAUAUUCUUACGAUCUUAUGCCAAAGAAAAAAUAA